GCUACAAAAGCAGAAAAACCUCGACUUGUGCGAGUGCCAUCCCAACAAGGAUGGAUUGCAACUCUUGAAAGUUUUAUAAGGGUCUCCAAAUUGUUAUUUGAACAGUAUAAUGUAGAAUAUUAUUAUCCGAGGAAUAUUAGAAAAUUUUUUUGGCCGUAUAAGAGCUAUAAAUUAUAGAAAUGUUAACCCAGAUGCAAACACAUUUAUAUAUGCCUUUAAAUCUUUGAUGUUAUCUAACAUGCUUAGUCCACAUUCCAAAUUCUCUAACUGUGAAGAGGAUAAUGGAGAAACAUUAUUAAAUGUUAGUCUUCUUUUUAAAAACCUUCAUAAUAAUAAAGAAAAUGACUCGGAAAACACUGUCAGUAUUUCGCGAGAUCUCCCAUCUUCUUCACAAGCAAGUUCAAGAGAAAAGUUGCUGGUGAAUGAUGUAGUCAUGGAAAAAAUCAAAGUCCACUGCUCAGCUUACACUGCUGGAUACAUUUGUCGGAAAAUAACGAGAGCGAUUCGUUGUAAGGAUUGCAUCAAAACAUAUAUUAGCAGUACGGAGACAAACAUUCACUCUUACAUUAAAUUUAGAGAGUAUAAAUUGUUAAAAAAUAAUAAUUUGGCAUACCCUAACGAAAAAUUCCUUAUCUUGUACAGGGAUGGUACUCACUUUAUUCAUAACUAUUUGAAUUAUAGCUGUAUUGGAAGUAAUAUAAAAAGUAAUUUGAAAAGAAAAAUAUUGAGCACUUUGAGUUUUUCCUGCCUAGGGUGUGAUAAGCAUGCCUUAAUUGUAAAAAACUUUUUCACCAAUAUUUUAAUUAGAUUACAUGGACACAAUUGGUGCAACAUAAACAAUAAAAUAUUGAAGGGUGAUAUUGAUGAAAAAUAUGUAUCUAAAAUGGGUGAACCCCAAAAAUUGGCCUUAAAGAAGUAUAAAAGUCUUAGGUUAAGAAAAAAAUGUUUAAGUAAAUAAAAUGUUGAUGAAGUGACGACCUGGACAUGCAGGUGGCUUAGGACCGUGCUUUGUGACAUUUCUUGGGGGAGGCCUACGUUUAGCAGUGGACUUGUGAAGCGCUGUAAUGAUGACGGUGGUUAAAUAGAAUGUUCGGAUUCCUGAAACGUAAACUCUGUUUCAGGUCCCCGCAAACCAAGUAUAUAACGAGGCGAUAUUGCGAAUAGCUAUGUUGUGUGUGCCGGACAGGUACGUGUGGUGCCGGAAGCGGCCCCCACCAUUCGAGACACCGCGCGCACGUACCUUCCAAACGAGGCCCACUGACCCGAGUGCUGCACACUAAAUAAAGUAGCUCAGGAUGUAGAUUUAUUCUGCUGUUCCUUGGGUGAAUUUACCUAAGUGACAUUAUAUUAUGUAUUAUGUUAUAAUAGUAGAUAAGUUGUGUUCUGUCCUUAUUAAAUUAGAUAGUUUUAUAUGCCUACGCUGUCGUAUUAGGUACGCCUGUAAAGACAGAGGUAGAAAUAAAUAAAUAAAUAAAUAAAGUUACUCCCUAAAAAUCUCUGGUCUGUAGCAACCUAGAAUAUGCUUCUAUAGCGCGGAGUCGAUUUUAUGCUAUAUUACGCUAUUAGCAUCUUGAGCAUACUUGUUAUUUUUAAUGUUGAUGUCGAUAUUUGUUUAUUUUUCAGAUGCUUAUCAUGGAACAACCUCCAAGUGAAAGUACCAACACCAAGGAGAUAAAUGUUCUUUUUAAAAGUAAUUUAUGUUACCAUAUAACUUAGUUAUAUGAUAAUAUAGAUUACUUUUUAAUUACGAUUAUACUAAACUGUCGUUAACAGUAGCCAUACAGAGUUAAUACAUACAAUAUAGAUGUAUACAUUAUAUAUUUAUUCUUUAAUUUUGGGUUUAUGUAUAAGAGCAUAAAAUUCACAAAUAUUGUUUGUUUUCAGGAAUAGAAAUCUGAUGUGAAAAGCUGAUGUGGUGAGACAAAUGUUGCCAGAAGAUACAAAAUGUACACAUUGGCAAAAUGGUUACGUGGUGAAGAAAAUGAAAUAAAAGAAGAGAUGUUAAAAUUUAAAAAAAAGGUUGUAACUUGUAGGUGAACAAUCCUCACAAAGACUUGCUUAAUGUCCAAUCUAUUUUAAAACUGUAGAGAACUAUUUGAAAACCUUUAUUUUAUGUUAAACAAAUAACUUUCUUAUUAAUACAAUUAAAAUAAUUUUGUAAAAAAAAUGGCCAGGCCAAAAAAGUAACUUGAAAAGUAAAAUAUUAAGCACUUAAAUAUGAUUCAUGUGGUUUAAUUUGCUUUAUUUAAUGAACUAUAAAUAUUGCUCUGUUUCUCGUCAAAUUGUACUUAUUUAUGCACAAUGUUAUGUACGAUUUUCUAAUUUGUUUAUAUAACUUAAUGUGCCUUUAAUUUAAUCCUAAAAUUACGUAUGUAUAUGAUGUAGGUGUGCUUGAAUAAAAAAUAAAUGUUGAUGUAU